ACCAACCACAGCUUGAACUCCAAAAGAGGGCAGUAAAAAUUACUACUCCACCAAAGCACUUCAUCACUCAAGUUACUAGCCUAGAUCCUAACCCUAACCCUGGACAAGAUUAGCAGCUCCCAACACACCAAAGCUGAAAAAAGCUAAAAAAGCCAAGAAAUGACAGCGGAGGAGGAGCAGCAGGAAAAGACAUCGCAGGGGAGGAAGAAAGUCCGGUAAAUCCAGAAAGUGGGCGUGGUAUCUAUCUAUCUAUCUAUCUUUCCCUAGAUUUUCUUAUUCCCCCCUCCCCUAUCUCUCUCUCCUCGGCGUCUUCUCUUCUCUCCCCAUCGCCAUCUGCGGUCCAUUAUUGGUCUCCUCCUCCCUUGUUCUUGCCUGGUUUUUGGGGAAGGGGAGGGAGGCGGGGAGGGCGAUUUGGCAGGAGGAAGACGAAGAAGGAGAGGAGGAAAGCUGUUGAUUUUGGGGGACGGACGGCAAGUUGGUGUGGUUGUUUUGCGUGUGGGUGUGGAGAUGGACCCCAAGUUCCCCCCUCCCCCACCGCUAAACAAAGCGGAGCCCACCUCCGCGGCGACGGCCACCACCACCACCUCCUCCCCCUCCUCCACGCCCGCCCAGCACCACCAGCAGCAGCACCACCAGCAGCAGCAGCUGGAUCGCGAGCAGUACCACCACCCGCCGUCGCAGGAGCAGCAGCAGCCGCCGCAUCAGCAGCACCUGCAAAUCCAGGUGCAUCAGCAGCAGGAGGAUGGGGGCGGGGGCGGGGGGAAGGAGCAGCAGCAGCAGCAGCAGCAGCAGGCGGUGGUGGCCGCGGCGGCGGCGGCGGGGGACCGGAGGGUGCAGGCGCUGGGGCCCAAGCGGAGCUCCAACAAGGACCGCCACACCAAGGUGGACGGCCGGGGGCGCCGGAUCCGGAUGCCGGCGCUCUGCGCCGCGCGGAUCUUCCAGCUCACGCGCGAGCUCGGCCACAAGUCCGACGGCGAGACCGUGCAGUGGCUGCUGCAGCAGGCCGAGCCGGCCAUCGUCGCCGCCACCGGCACGGGCACCAUACCGGCGUCCGCGCUCUCCUCCGUCGCGCCCUCGCUCCCCUCGCCCACCUCCGCGCUCGCCGGCCGCCCGCACCACCACCACCACAUGUGGGGGCCGCCGCCGGCCUCCGCGGGCUUCUCGCAGGCCGGCUUCAUGAACUCCUCCGGCGCCGACGGCGGGGGCAUCGGCGGCCUCAUGCAGCGGAUUGGCCUCCCCGCCGGGAUCGAGCUGCCGGGCGGCGGCGCGGGGGGCAUGGGUGGCCACAUCGGGUUCGCGCCCAUGUUCGCCGGCCACGCGGCCGCGGCCAUACCGGGGCUGGAGCUCGGCCUGUCGCAGGAGGGCCACAUAGGGGUGCUCAGCCAGUUCUACCACCAGGUCGGCGGCGCCGCCGGGGCCAGCGGGCAGCUGCAGCACCCGCACCCGCACCCCCACCAGCACCACCACCACGAACAGCAGCACCACCACCAGCAGCAGCAGGAGGACGGGGAGGACGAGCGCGAGGACGGCGACUCCGAGGAGGAGUCCGGGCAGUAGCAGGCUGUUGUCCACUUGUUAUCACCACAUCUGUUUCUGUUAAUUUCUGCAGAAGGAGAAACCAAGGAAGGAGAGAAAACUGUAUGCACGCAGCUAUGGCGACGCUUUGAUUACCUUUAGGUUGUUGUUGUUCGUUUCUUGGGCUUGUGAUGAGUUUUUAAGUCGAUUUUUUUCACUUGUGGUGUCCAAACUCAAAAGAGGCUUCUUGCUCUGGGGUUUUAGUGGAAUGGAUCAGGGUCAUCCUCAGUUCCUACUCCUGCUGCUCCUUUGAUCAUCGCCAGAAUUCCCUCCGGUUCAGGUGUAUAAUAGCUGAGAGCUGGAUGAUUUCGAUCAUCCUCCCUUGAGUGAGUGCCUUAUUUGUUGUUAUUGCAAGGUGUGUAGAUAUUCAGGUGAUUUUGCAGCUAGGGAGGUGUUCUUUUAUAGGAGCAGUGAUCUGCUCUUGAGCGAUCAAGAUGAUGGCUGGCAAUUUUAUCCUCCCUUCACGGGCAAUUUCUGCAACGAAAAUAUGAUACAAUAAUAAACAUUUCUAGAUCCCUGAUUCUAUAUGCUUAUCUUCUUAGACAAUCAUUUUAUAUAGCAUUAUCCUUGUUUGCUUCA